AUGGAUAUCUUCUUCCCCUCAACAGUUGAUAAUGCACCUACAAUCUUUAAGCAAUUGCUUGUUCCAUCUGAUGCUGAAAAAUCUGGUGUUGAAAAACCUCUAGUUGAAAAAACUGGUACCGGCAAUCUAAUGCUGAAAAAUCUGAUACUGAAAAACCUGACGCUGAAUAGUGAGGAGAGUUGGAGGGUCGGUUCUUUAAUAAUUGCUAAAGCACAGGGGUUUUUUUUGGCUAGCUCAUUGGAUGGAAGUAACCAAACCAUGGCAUUCACUGCUUGCUUUGGUGAACAUGAAGAAGAUACAAUUAGUUUCUUUGGGGUUCACCGCGCGGCUGUACAUGAAGCACAGGUUGCUAUAGUUGGUGGGACUGAGAAAUAUGAAAACGCACAAGGGUAUGCCACCAUUGGACAACUUGAGCAUACCAAUCAGCACACAUCUGAUGGUGUUGAAACUCUUCUUCACUUGAGCGUCUAUCUCACUCAUUAG